CUCCGUCUCCGCGACCGCGAGCUUCUGUUCCCCGGUUCGGCUGCGGCUCCGCCUCCCCUCCCCUUCUAUCCUGCCCCAGCAGCAAGGAAAGCCCCAGUGGCUGGAUUAACAGUUUGACGGCCAUGCCUCCGGAGCCUGCGCUCCGUGUGCUGAACGCAGUGGGAGCAGGAAGCGGGACAAUACCAUAGAUAUUGAUUAUGGACCAAGUAGAUCUGCCAAGUCCAGGAGGAUCGAUUGCAGAUGUUCGCCUCACCUCAUCUUGCCAAUCAUGAAGCUUAUUGUUGAAAAUGAUGAGCAGAAAGGUUAUGUCAGAGAAAUUGGGUUUGAGAGCUUCUUGUCCAUGGGAGAACUUGAGAUGAACAAGGCUCUUAACCUGUGGUUGGUCGAUAAGUUCAAUUGUGACAGUGAGGCUCUUGAGUUUGAAGGUGGCAUAUCGAUUCCGGUAAGGCCACUUGUGAAGAGUGUCCUUGGAAUCCCUUCGGGCCCUAUCCAAGUUGUAGAGGGUCUAGACGUUGACGACGCUCUAAAGGACCAGUAUACUGUAAAUACCAGAGCAAAGGCUGCCAAGGAUGUGGCAAAUGAAAUGUCCAGCAUAACUGACAAGGAACCUUUCUGUAUAGCAUUCAUGAUGGCGAUACUCGGAAUUUAUCUAGCGCCAAAUACAUCUCAGACCGUCAACAGGGCUUUUCUGGGAGCUGUUAAGCAGGUUGAUAAACUCAAAGAGAUGGACUGGUUCAAUUUCGUUGCUACCUACCUCUUCAAAGGAAUCAAGGAAUUCAAAGAAUCCAACACAGCUUGUGUUACUAUAAAGGGCUGUGUCCACAUACUGAGCGUCAUAUUCAUCGACUUUGUGAAAGAUGCUGCAUUUGAAGUACCAGUUGGUUUUCCACGCUUGGGUGUUGUCACUAAAAAGCAUAUCAAAUGGGUUGUCUCACAUCCCUUCACUAGCUUGAUGGUUCGUCAUCCAGAAGAGUCAGUCUAUGCUGCCGUGCUUGAUAGCAUUGCAAAAGAUAACAUUGUCAAAGAUGGAAAAUGUGUUGAUUCUGAAACAAAUUCUGAUGCUCUAACUGAUAUGCCUGCAACCACCGACACCAAUCAGAAUAACAACAAACAUCGCGUUUCAGGAGAGCUUGGCACUGUCAUGCCUGCGAAGCCUGCUCCGUGUGAUAAUCCCAGUGAGAGGAAAAAGGGGCACAAUGUCAUGGAUACUGGUAAUCGACCAAUUAGAUCUGCCAAGUCCAGGACGGCUGAAAUCAUCAUUUACAAAUGUUCACCUCAGCUCCUUCCACCAAUAAUGAAGCUUAUCACUGAGAAUGUUGAGCAGAAAGGUUAUGUCGAAGAAAUUGGGUUUGGGAGCUUCUUGUCCAUGGCAGAAUUUAAGAUGAAUAGGGCUCUUACCCUAUGGUUAGUUGAUAAGUUUAAUUGUGAUACUGAGGCUCUUGAGUUCGAAGGUGGCAUAUCGAUUCCGGUAAGGCCACUUGUGAAGAGUGUCCUUGGAAUCCCUUCAGGCCCUAUCCAAGUUGUAGAGGGUCUAUAUAUUGACAACGCUCUAAUGGAUGAGUAUACUUGUAAUGGCAAAGUGAAGAACGCGUGGGAGGUGGCGAAUGGAAUGUGCAGCAUAAUUGACAAAGAACCGUUCUGUAUAGCAUUCAUGAUGGGGAUACUUGGAAUUUAUCUAGCACCAAGCACGUCCGUGGGUGUCAACAGAAAGUUACUUGGAGCUGUUAGACAGGUUGAUAAACUCAAAGAGAUGGAUUGGUGCAAUUUUGUUGCUACCUACCUCUUCAAAGGAAUCAAGAAAUUCAAAAAAUCCAAGGCAACUUUUGUUUCUAUAAAGGGUUGUGUCCACAUACUGAGCGUCAUAUUCAUUGAUUUUGUGAAACAUGAUGCAUUUGAAGUACCAGUUGGUUUUCCACGCUUGGGUGUUGUCACUACAGAACAUAUCAAAUGGGUUGUUUCACAUCCCUUCACUAGCCUGAUGGUACGUCGUCCAGAAGAGUCAAUCUAUGCUGCCGUUCUUGAUAACUGGCCAAAAGAUAACAUUGUCGAAGAUGGAAAAUGUGUUACAAAUACUGAUGCUUUGUCUGAUACGUUUGGUACCAGUAACUCUGAUCAGAAUAAAAACAGGCAUCCCGUUUCGGUUGAGCUUGGCACGUUACCUAUAUCAGCAGCAGUGCUUGGCCCUCCCGUCACAAGUCAUAAUACAACAAGCGGGGCCAUUGUUGAAUAUGUAGAGGUUGGCACAUCACCUCGAUCAGCAGCCCCCGGUAACUUCGCAGAGCAAAUAAUUUUUCCAACAAGUGGCGAGCAACUGCAGUCUCCUAGGCCUUCUUCUGAACCGUGUUCUGCACAAAUGCAUGUUUCUCCCGAUAACCCCAAGGGGGUGAACAGGGGUUCCACAUCGCCGAUGGAGGAUGCAGGCGAUUGGAGCGCCAAGAAGGCGAGUGUGGAUUGGCCCAGCAGUGGCCAAGCUAAGCGAGCCCGAGGAGUUGCAGCUGUGGACUUAAGUGUGCUCAAUUGCACUGUCUGCUCCUGCCCUUUAAAGCGUCCUGUUUUCCAGUGCAUUGGCAGGCAUUUAGCUUGCGGCAGAUGCGUCACCGAGCUCCCUGGCGAGCAGUGCCAGAUGUGCGAGCACGGCAGUGGCUUCAGCCCGUGCCCCAUUAUGGAUGACAUCAUCUCGUCGGCCAUGGUAGACUGUUCCCAUGACGGCUGCAAGAGCUCUGUCCCCUACCACGAGCUUGACGACCAUGAGAGCGCGUGCUCCCACGCCCCCUGCUAUUGCACGGAGGCUGGCUGUGGCUUCAUUGGCCCCCCACAGGUGCUCCUCGACCACCUUGCUGCCCUGCACUCCAUGCCGGUGCACACGGUCAACUAUGGCAAAGUGCACCGGCUCCUGGUGUCGAAGCCACGAUUCCUGCUUCACGGGGAAGGGGAUGACAGUGUGUUCCUCCUCGUGGUGGGCGCGCUCGGGGCAGCAAUGGUCGUGUCGGUGGUGUGCAUCAGGGCAGGUGCAUCACCAUCGUACGCGGUCAAGCUUUGGGUGAACGGCCCGGCACUGCCGAGCAGAGCGGCGGGCAGAAUCAAGUGGAAGAUGGAGGCGGUGACGAGCAGCACCAGGACCGGCAAGGUCGUGGUGGAGGAGCUGCCGUCUUUCUUGACAGUGCCGCCUGCGUAUCUGGGUUGGUUAGAGGCGUCCAAGGCGGUGACUCUCGACAUUCGCAUUGACAGAAUGUGAUCGAUCAGUUCAG